AUGGCUACGUCGUCAGCGUAUAUAAAUGUCCACGUUGCUGAAUUCUGUGCCGCUUCAGUGAAACUAUACGGAGAAAAAGAUGCUGAUUUAUUGAUACAGUGUAAUCAUCUUGUGGAAUUGGGCUGGAGGUUUCAGCGACCAUUUGAAGUAGGACUCUCUUAUGGUGUAAUUAAGAACAUCGAAUUAGAUCUAUCAGAAAAAGAACUGUUAGAAUCUAUUUCUUGCUCAAUUGAGGUGGCCAACGUGAAACGACUCAAACGCAGAAAGCAGGAGGAUGGAGAAUCUGGCUGGACUGAAAGUGAAUCGGUUCGAGUUGGUUUCAUAGGGUCUACGUUACCAUCGUAUCUGUGCAUAUAUGACAUGCAAGUUAAGGUGGAGCCAUACCUAUUUCCUGUUACUCAGUGUUCGAGAUGCUUGCGCUUUGGGCACACCCUUAGAAUGUGUCCUUCAAAACGUAUAUACUGCCCCAAAUGUGGAGGUAAGCAUGAAAAUUGCGAAACAACAAUAUUUAAGUGUAUUAAUUGUACGAAAAAUCACAUGGCAUUGAAUCGUCAGUGUCCAAAAUAUAUAAAGGAGAAGAAGUUACGGGAAAUAAUGGCUGAAUUUAAUGUUUCAUACAGGAAGGCUAUGGCAAUGUAUGUACCGCCCGAAACACCUACUUAUGUGCCAACUCAAUCGCCAAUGCCCCGUUUAGGUAAUUUAAAUAAGAUGCCUCAAUUGCCGGAACCUAUCCCAGGAACCACAAAUAAGUUUUUUAGCUCUAUUUUGCCGGUUCAGGAGAAUUCUAUACCAGUUACUUACGCACAGGCCGUGUCAUCGAGCCCCAUUAACAAGAACAAACUGGACAGUCGGGGACAAAAAUAUGUUCGAAAUGACACAACUAAGAAGAUUAAGAAGAGAAUUCAAGAACCUAAUUUAGAAGAGUAUAUACAUGACGGCAAUAUGUCGACAGAGUCUGAAAGUAGUGUAAUAGAAGAAGAGUGCGCUCAUUUCGAAAUUUCAAGUAAUCCACAAGAAGCCUAUGAUGAUUUUAUCACUUUGUUGUUCAAAGCCGCAGAAGCAAGUAUUCCAUUUAUUAAAAUAUGCCUAAAUCGCAAGGCUAAUUUUAUUCCUAAGCCAUAUUGGACUCCUGAUCUGUCUCACGCUGUUGCAGAGAGACGGCUAGCACUUAAAACAUUUAGACAGAAUCCCACACCGGCUAAUUUAAAUAGAUUGCAGGAAAAAACUCGCAAGGCUCAAAAACUAAUUAGAAACGCUAAAAGUAAAGGAUGGUGGGAAUUUUGUACGUCCUUGAAUGAAAUAUCUUCAGCUUCUGAAAUGUGGAGAAAAAUGCAGUGGUUAAAAGGUUAUAGAUCAGCUAAACCACAAAUUGAAAAAAGUAUUGCCGAGUCAUUACUGUGCAACUUAACCCCUGACUAUAUUCAAGGAGUGCGCUUCAACACCUUGCUCGGUGUACUUCGGUUUUUCGAGGCUUACCAGUAG